AUGUCUGGCAUGCCACCCGAUCAAUACGAACGUACCGAACCGCCCACGGAGUCAUACCGGUACCAGGGUGAGCAUCCGCAAUAUGGCACCGAGCCAACCCGGCGUCAGGAUACAACCCAGCGUCGGGAUGUCGAUAGGACUCCCAGGACGCAAGGCACCGACGUGCCGCCCAACACAUCGACCGGGUACGCCGAGAACCCUCCUCCCCGGCAGCGGAGCGGCUACGCGCAUUCCGACCCCCAGGAGCGCUCCGGCGGCGGCGGCGGCGGCCUGGGCAACGUGUCUGGUAUGGACUCGGGCCGGCGAGACGACGACAGCUACGGCGGCUCCUACGCGGGCAUGGGUCGUGAACAGGAGGUGGACAACCGCCCGCGCCAGCAGCAGAAAAGGAGGGACAGCCUGGUCGGGAAGAUCAUGGAGAAGACGGGUGGUGUUCUGGGCAACGCCAAGUUGCAGGAGAAGGGGCACGACAUGAGAGAGGCCAAGGCGAGGGGCGACGGCGGCGGCCAUGGUCAUGGACAUGGGCAUGAGGGCGGCGCUGGGGAGGGGACCGCGCCUGGUCGUGCCAGUGAACGUGAUCCGAGGGAUACUUCGCACACUGAUUGA